GAAUGCUUUGCAAAUAUUGCACUUUAUAAAUUUUCUUUUUAUUAAUUGUUAUUAAACAUGUCAGAGAGCAAUGGUACGAUUGCACGUAUGCCUUGGGUAGAAAAGUAUCGUCCCAAUAGUCUGGAUGAUCUAAUUUCGCAUGAUGAAAUCAUUUCCACUAUAAAUCGCUUUAUAAACCAAAAACAACUGCCGCACUUGCUCUUCUACGGACCACCUGGCACAGGCAAGACUAGUACCAUUUUAGCUUGCGCGCGACAGCUUUAUGCUCCGUCGCACUUCAAGUCCAUGGUGCUGGAGCUGAAUGCUUCUGAUGAUCGUGGUAUUGGCAUUGUGCGUGGUCAGAUACUCAACUUUGCCUCCACACGCACGAUAUUCUGUGGCACCUUUAAGCUGAUUAUAUUGGAUGAGGCAGACGCUAUGACAAAUGAUGCACAGAAUGCGCUGCGUCGUAUUAUUGAGAAAUAUACGGAAAACGUGCGCUUCUGCAUAAUUUGCAAUUAUCUCAGCAAGAUUAUACCGGCUUUGCAAUCGCGUUGCACACGUUUUCGAUUUGCUCCCCUAACACCGGAACAGAUGCUGCCACGCCUGGAUAAAAUUAUUCAGGAAGAGAAUGUAAAUGUCACAGACAAUGGCAAGACUGCCUUGCUGACGUUAGCCAAGGGCGACAUGCGUAAGGUAUUAAAUGUGCUACAGAGCACUUCGAUGGCCUUCGACGUGGUUAAUGAGGAUAAUGUGUACACCUGCGUGGGUUAUCCCUUAAGAAGCGAAAUUGAGCAUAUGCUGCAAACGUUGCUGUCUGCUCCCACCUUUGACUCGGCAUUUGAUACUAUUGAGCAAGCGAAGAGCCAGAGAGGCCUUGCCUUGGAGGAUAUUGUCACUGAGUUGCAUUUGUUUUUAAUGAGACUGGAGCUGCCCAUGUCCGUCAUGAACAAAUUAAUUGUUAAGCUGGCGCAAGUAGAGGAGCGCCUUACCAAAGGCUGUUCAGAGAGUGCCCAAACAGCAGCGCUGGUAUCAGCUUUCUUUUUAAGUCGCGAUUUGGUAUCUCUGGAAAGCUAAUUCUACUUCUCAAAAUAUAAACUAGUUAAGCCACAGCCCCUCAGAAUAAAAGAAUACUUCACACGUCA